GAAGUGAAGCGGCAGCGGCGGCACGCGCAUCCUCCCCGGAUCCAGAUCAGAGAGCAUCUGCAGUGGCCGAGCCGUCUCUCAGCAGCCCCGGACCCGCACCAUGAGCCCGCAUCGCGCCUGAUGGUGGUGCGUUGGUGAACCGCUCAGCAGAUCGACGUGGCAUGGCGUGCAGGCGCCCGGACUCCACCAUGAAGCUGCUCCUUGUCAUGACUUUCUUAUUCCGCCAGGCAUUUUCCGGUUCUCCGAGCGUCCAGAUCGGUGGUUUGUUUCCCAGGGGCGCCGAUCAGGAGUACAGCGCAUUCAGAGUUGGGAUGGUUCAGUUUGGGAUGGCAGAUUUCAGACUCACUCCACAUAUAGACAACCUGGAGGUGGCCAACAGCUUCGCUGUUACAAACUGCUUUUGUUCCCAGUUCUCCCGGGGCGUCUAUGCCAUUUUUGGCUUUUAUGACAAGAAGUCGGUCAACACCAUCACCUCCUUUUGUGAGACACUCCAUGUCUCCUUCAUCACACCGUCUUUCCCGGCAGAAGGAAUGAAUCAGUUUGUUCUACAAAUGAGGCCAGACAUCAAGGGGCCUCUAGUUGCGUUAGUGGAGUACUAUAAGUGGGAGAAGUUUGCCUACCUGUAUGACAGCGACAGAGGUCUUUCUACCCUUCAGGUGAUUCUGGAUACUGCAGCAGAGAAAGAGUGGGUGGUAACAGCAAUAAAUGUAGGAGAUCUGAAAGACGAGAGUAAAGAUGAAGCUUACCGCUCCCUCUUUCAGGACCUGGAGAUCCGUAAAGAGCGACGCAUCAUCCUGGACUGCGAACAAGAUAAAGUCAAAGACAUUAUGGAGCAGGUGAUCACUAUAGGCAAACAUGUGAAGGGACACCACUACAUCAUCGCCAACUUAGGAUUUUUGGAUGGUGACAUCUCUAAAAUCCAGUAUGGAGGUGCAAACGUAUCUGGAUUUCAGAUAGUUGACUUUGACAAUCCUGUGGUGGCAAAGUUUGACCAGCGGUGGGAGGCUUUGGAGGAGAAGGAGUAUCCUGGAGCAGAUACACGAAUCAGAUACACCUCUGCCCUCACCUACGACGCAGUCAACGUGAUGACUGAGGCGUUUCGCUUCCUGCACAAACAGAGAAUAGACAUGAGUCGCCGUGGCAACAGUGGGGACUGCCUAGCUAAUCCCGCAGUACCCUGGGCUCAGGGCGUUGAGAUUGAACGUGCCCUGAAGCAGGUUCAAGUUAAUGGUUUAACUGGAAACAUUCAGUUUAACCAGCAUGGGAAGCGAACCAACUACUCAGUGGCAGUCAUGGAGCUGAAGAACAGCGGACCGCUAAAGAUUGGCACUUGGAGUGAAGCGCAUAAGUUUGAGGCAGACAAGCAGGAUAUCAAUAAUGACACGACGGGAAUAGAAAACAAAACCGUCAUCGUUACAACUAUACUGGAAGCUCCGUAUGUGAUGCUAAAAAAGAACGCUGAUGAGCUUCAAGGCAAUGAUCGCUACGAAGGCUACUGCGUUGACCUGGCUGCAGAAAUCGCAAAGCAUUGUGGGAUACGCUACAAGCUUCGGAUCGUAGGAGACGGAAAAUACGGAGCAAGAGAUGCUGAGACCAAGAUUUGGAACGGGAUGGUUGGAGAGUUGGUGUACGGGAAAGCAGAUAUAGCAGUUGCUCCCCUGACGAUCACUCUUGUUCGGGAAGAGGUGAUUGAUUUCUCCAAACCUUUCAUGUCCCUGGGAAUCUCAAUCAUGAUCAAAAAGCCUCAGAAGUCCAAACCCGGCGUCUUCUCCUUUCUGGACCCACUAGCCUAUGAAAUCUGGAUGUGUAUCGUCUUCGCCUACAUCGGCGUCAGUGUUGUCCUCUUUCUGGUGUCGAGGUUCAGCCCGUAUGAGUGGACGCUUGAGGAGCCAGAGGACGGAGCGUUGCCACUGACGACUGAAUCAACCAACGAGUUUGGGAUCUUUAACUCUCUUUGGUUCUCGCUGGGCGCGUUCAUGCGACAGGGCUGUGACAUUUCACCAAGGUCUCUUUCAGGUCGUAUAGUUGGAGGGGUGUGGUGGUUUUUCACUCUGAUCAUUAUCUCAUCAUACACGGCCAACCUGGCUGCCUUCUUGACGGUGGAGAGAAUGGUUUCUCCCAUUGAGAGUGCUGAGGAUCUCGCCAAGCAGACAGAGAUCGCUUAUGGGACGCUGGACUCCGGGUCAACCAAAGAAUUUUUCAGGCGCUCUAAAAUCGCUUUGUUUGACAAGAUGUGGCAGUACAUGAAAUCCGCAGAGCCUUCUGUGUUUGUCAAGAAGACAUCGGAGGGCGUCCAGCGUGUGAGGAAGUCCAAAGGGAAGUACGCCUACCUGCUGGAGUCCACCAUGAACGAGUACAUCGAGCAGAGGAAGCCCUGCGACACCAUGAAAGUGGGAGGAAACCUGGACUCCAAAGGCUACGGGAUUGCCACGCCCAAACAAUCCCCAUUAAGAGUGCCAGUAAACCUUGCCGUAUUGAAACUGAAUGAGCAAGGGACCCUAGACAAGAUGAAAAACAAGUGGUGGUACGAUAAAGGAGAGUGUGGCUUCAAGGACUCCACCAAUAAGGAAAAGACCAGCGCUCUGUCGCUUAGUAACGUGGCAGGAGUUUUCUACAUCCUGGUUGGAGGUCUGGGUCUCGCCAUGAUGGUGGCACUGGUAGAGUUCUGCUACAAGAGCCGUGCUGAAGCCAAAAAGAUGAAGAUGAAAUUCACGGAUGCAAUGCGCUCGAAAGCUCGUCUGUCUAUCACUGGGUCAACGAGUGAGAACGGCCGUGUUCCAGUGGCUUACCUUCGCCCAGGAUUACCCAUGAGCCUCAGUAUGACUGACCUCUCAUGACCUCACACAAGUCAGUGCCUUACAGCCAGUCAACACACUUUCAUCGAUCCCCGCUGUAAGAGAAGUGGACAGGAAGGGUUGCCCUCUUCGAGAAAAAGAAAAGACACAUUACCAGUAAUAAUAACGGGCAACCUGCCCCGCUUUCUAUUCUGGAUUUUAGUCAUUCAAAACUCUAGAAACUCUCUAAUCCUUUACAUCUGGUCUGUAAAAACAAGGCAGAUGUCCUUCUGAAAAGACCUGCCCACUUGUAAAACGAAGAUCGAAGGGAGAGACGGCUGGUCCUAAACAAAUUCAUGACAAACAAUCAAGCACAGAGGACAGUUUUUUUAAGUCAAAUAUUACUUGUUUUGUAGAUUUUUGCCAUGGAGGCUUCUCUUGUACAGAAAACAAGGACAACAAUGAUGCCGAUGUUCAUGCAAUAACAACAGUUAUCAGGGAUGCGAUCAGGAACUGUGGGGAUACAAGCUGGACCUUGUUUGAAAUGUGUUAAAAGUGCCAUGAACAAAAAACUGAUGUCCUGAAAUAUCAGUAUGUAUUGUGAUAGAUAAUGAUGUGAUUGUUCUGUUUUUUUUCUUCCGUUUUCCUGUAAAUCCUUAUUUGAGAAACACGUACAAACAACACACACAAACACAAAAUUUAAGAGGAGUUGUUGUUGGUGAGGUUCUGGGAUUUUAAUUAUAUUUAGCGAUGCUGUUAAAAACACCCAACACAUGCAACUGAGGCGGACAUCCAUUCUUCCAGCUGCAUCAAAAGUUUCUUUUCACUACAUAUUGUAGUCAAAACGUCCCGUAUUAACAUUUUUCUCGUUAAUGAACAGUGUUUUAUCUGAUCUCCUAUUUUAGCUGCACUCCACCUUUAUAAAAUACUCCAAAAAAUGAACUUAUCUGAGGUUAGCCAAAGAGUCAAGCUUCUCCUGGCUGAAUUCCCAGCAAGUUCUGGGUUUUCCCCAGUAUCUCUUCCCAGUUGGACUUCCCUAAACCCCCAGUUACAAUCUUAGGAUAAACCUCAGCUCCUUACUCUCUACCUGUGUUUCCAUUACAAGUCUGCGCAAAACUUAUUCGAAAUUCAGCUAAUGGUAAAAAAAUAAAAAACUCAAUUUCACAAUUGUGGUUUUUCCAUUAAAUAAGAAAUUAAAUUGAAACCACAUGUGAAUAAGUUUGUUCAAUAAAAGUUAUGGCAGCGACGGAUGUAAACGGUUACAUUACACCAGAGACAGUUGGACGUUCAACAAUAAUUGAAUACAUUCUUUGAUGAAAAUUAAAACUGAGUAGCAAAACCCGAACUAAAAUUAAAUAUUUGACUAAUAAUAACUAAUAAAAACUAGCAAACACACUCUAAAAACUAACUUUGAAAUGGACAAACAGAAAGUCUAAUUCAAAGACUUACACUCCAAUGAAAAAGACAAAACUUAUAACCCUGGUGCACACAGAUUUUCACUUUCACCUUCAUUUUGUGCCAGAGACUUUUCCUGCAGGGUCAAAAAGAGAAGGACACCUGCCAAAAACCUGAACUCAACCACUACUCAUCUUAGAAUGAAAAUAUUUUAGCACAGUGUUAGUUACUUUUUUAUCAGAUUUUUGACGUUAAGAUGAUAAAGGAGAAUUGUAAUCGCAUUAUAAAGCGAUCCAGUGGUCCACAUGUAUGAUAAUGUCCAAAUGUAACGAGGGAAAUCAAAAAUUAGAUGAUUUAGUUUCUGAACGUUACCAAUAGAGUUCUGUACAAUUUCUUCUAAUUAUUAAUAUUGUUCUAACAUUUUGAAAGAAAACAGCAUCCUUGCACAGAUUAAAUUAACCUGAAAAUCCUUCAGAGCCACAAAAGACAUUUUGUUUAGGUUUUUUUUAAUAUACACUGCACUACAUCUGUUUCUGUAAAUAUGAUGAUGUGAGAUGAAUUUCUCUUCUUUUUUAAAGCCAACAACAACAACAGAUGCUCACACUGUUUACUGUACAUGGUGUACACACUUAAAACGCAUCAUGCCACACAUCCCUGCACCCUUACAUUUGCAUGUGCGUUUGCACAUACUAACAGAAGAGUUCUGAAGCCAAGUGUGUGACGUGCCAAACGGACUGAGAAGCAACCGGAGCUCUCAAAUGGCAGCUGCUGAAACUGAAACCUGAGCCAGCAGAAGCUCUCAUCGCCGAGAGACAGAACAAAAAUAAUGUGAAGACUUUUUCAAAACUCUACUGCAUCGAUGGUGCCAACAAUGACGACGAGGAGGAGGACGAUGAAGAGCGGACAAAGAGAGCAUUUGCAUGUCACUUAAUUAUUUAUUUUCUUUCAGAUCAACCUGUCAGCCUGAAUCCUUGUGACUGGCUGCUUAAUGGUGUUUGAUAAUGAUAGCCGUUAGAAGAAUAUAAACGAUAUUAAUUACAGUACUAAUGUUGUUCCUGUUAUGUAAGUGUAUGCUUUUCGAGAAUUUGAUUCUGCUGUUUUAUUUCUACAAAAACUGAUUUUUGUUCGACUAGUUUUAAGCUUAAUGAGAAGCUAAAACACGCUUCAAAUGGCCAAGGGGUGCGCCUCAGUUUCUGCUAAAAGACACAUAUCAUUGUCGCCAUGAUCACAUGUGACUGGUUUAUCUUUGGGACUUGGGCUGAGUUCACACUGCAACCUGAAGUGACCCAAUUCCGAUGUUUUUCUCAAGUUGGAUUCGUUUUUUAUUUUAUUUAUUUACUUUUGGCGUGGUCGUUCAUACUUCCUAAUGUGAGACUUGUAUCCGAUCUCCAGUGUGAACUGGAAAUUACCUGAAAGUGCCCCGCAUGUGCAGCAGAGGGCGCAAUAACGUCACACAUAUAGAAAGUGCUGUGUUUUGCUAACCACCGUAAAAAAAGUAGUAGUUCUCAGUGUUUACGGAAGUAAAUAUGGAUGCUAAUGGUGGAGCUUAGCUUACGAUUUUGAAGUUAUUGUCCGACCGGAGCAGCAUAUUAACAGUUUAAUCCUCAUUACGGUCCGCCAAGGUUGUCGUUUUUCUUCCCGCUUGCACGUAUCAGGACGCAGAAUAGUGACGUUUGUCGAGUAUCAGUGACGUUUAGGUCGGAUCAACGCGACCUGGAUGUAAAGUUACAUUUCAAUCUGAUACCAUCUGAUACCCAAGUGGCCUGGGUCGCAUUAAGGCAAAAAAAAAAAUAAUAAUCAGAAUUGGGUCAUAUCGGAUAGCAGUGCAGCCUAAGGUGUGUGGAAAUCAUCACAGUUCAUUGUUGAUUCUGUGUUUGUUUUAUCUCUUGUUAUAAAAAAAAAAACUUAAAUAAAAAAAAGGUUACUUUUCAGUGGUGAAUCUUUCAAUGUAAGGCAGUUUGUGGGUUAUAUUUAUUGCCUCGUGAAUACAUGAAUAGGCAGAGCGGUACUGUAUCAGGGUGACAUUUAUCAAAAGGCUUGGGACAGAGUGCAAUCUGAAUCUGUUACUGUAAUAUUUAUUAUGUAUGUGUGCAAUUUGAGUUGGUCUUUUUAUUAGUGACUACAUCUGAUGCUAGCUAACUAAAAUACCCUGCAAAACUACCAACAAAACUAUUUCACAUUUUGUCAUGUUACAGUUUUUCAUUGGAUUUGUGGAUUUAUUUUAUGUGAUGGACCAACACACAAGUGACUCUUUAAAAUUCUGACAAUAAACAACUGAAGAACAGAUGCUAUUUAAAUUUAAUAAUUGCUUUUAAUUUCCACAACAGAAUUACACUAAAAGUAACAGGCGUUUCCAUUAUUUUGAUCUAUUUUUCCUACUUGGCUACAGAUUAUGUGCAGAUAUGAACACUCCAUCUUAAAAAAUAUAGCCAUCAUCUUUAGAGAGAAAAAAAA